AUGGGAAGGAGCGUGGGCUAUGCCUGCCUCCUUAAGCGGCUUACGGCAAUAUGGCGGCCAAAAGCACGAAUGGAACUAGUCACUGUUGACAACGACUACUAUCUAGUCAAGUUCUCGUUAGUGGAUGAUUACGAGUUUGCGAAAUAUGGAGGGCCUUGGAUGGUGCUUGAUCAGUAUUUAAUAGUAAAGGAAUGGAUUCCAAAUUUUGAUCCUUUUACGGACAAAACUGAGAGAAUGAUUGUGUGGAUUCGAUUCACAUGCCUCCCAGCCGAGUAUUUUGAUCACAAGUUUUUUAUGAGAGUUGGAGAGAAGAUUGGUCGCCCGAUCAACAUUGACAUGGCUACAAGUUUGGUUUCCAAGGCGAGCUUUGCAAGGGUUUGCGUGGAAGUGGAUAUCACAAAACCGCUGCUUGCUAAGUUUACGUUGAGAAACAAGGUUCGCCCUUUAGUGUAUGAAGGGUUGCACCAAAUCUGUUUCAAAUGUGGCACGUACGGGCACACCGUCGAAACAUGCAGCUUGAACCAUGCAGAGCAUGUUUCUCAUGGUUCAAGCGCCGAUGACAGCACUCGACCGGAAGAGGCUUCCGGCGCCAGCAACGGUAACAAAGAUGGUCAGAAAGGAAGGGAACAGGGAAGCGGGGAAACUUCCUUAAUUAGACCGGAGAUUAUGGAAGACUAUGGCACAUGGAUGAUUGCCCCGAAACGAAAAAGGAACUAUACCAAAAAUCAAGAAAAUCGCAAUCAAGGUGCGAGAGAUUAUGGAAAGAAAAAUCACGAGGGGAAGGAUCAAGAGAGAACUGCUAACGGGAAGAAAAUCAAGCAAAGUAAGGGAACAAACACAGACCGGGAAGGAAAAGGGUCCGGAUCAAGAUAUGCUACACUAGCAGAGGAUAACAUGCAUGAGGAAGUUUACGAGGGAAAUAUGGAAGACCAAAGUAAUGGGGUAUCUAAUGAGCAGCCAAAACAAGGAGAAAGCUCAAAACCUGGGGUUGCAACCAAAGGAAAGAGGGCAUCGGUACAAGCAUCCGAGAAGCAAAUCGAAGGGAAUAAUAAACAUGGGACUCACAAAAAACAACCUGUGCAAAAUAAGCAAAACCCACCUCAUGUGCGACGUGAACAGACACAAAGAACAAAUCCCAACCGGGCAGCUGCUGAGAAUGAACACACGUUGGUGACUGGAGACAAGAAUGGAGCGACAACGUCCCAUGUUGUGCGGUUGGAUGAGGGCGACCAGUCUAACUGCAUUCCUAUUGAGGAACUGACUAACCCUGAGCAUCAUGGUGACCCCCCGGAAACUAGGCUUGGUGAUUCCUCAACAGUGGCAGAUGAGGAUGCGUUUUUGGAUAGCUUUUGA